UCUUUCCCUUUUCAUUUGUUGCGUCUCCUAAAGUGUGUAAUAAACAUGUUUUAGUCCGGUCGGCCUCUACAGUGGACAUCUAUGAAAUCAAAAACACAUUCAUUUGAUUCCAAACCCCAUAACAAUUUCCUGAGAUGUUGAUUUAUGACAAACAAUUGUAAAAUUAGUCAGAUUAAAACUGUCAUUACAAAACAUUGAAUUUGACCAAUAAAUUAGCCAAAUUUUAAAGCCCAAGGAGAGAGAGUGGUCAUGCAGAAAUCUCUUAAAGGACAACCAGAUUUAAGAUAUAAAAUAAUGUCCUCUACAGAGCACAACACUCCAUAGCUGGAUGACAGGAGGAUAUCCAUGUAUUUACAUAACAGUAACACAUUAUACUCGGAUGUAGCCUACAAAUAACCAGGAAUAUGCAAGGAAAACAUCUUAGUUAUUUUUGUCAUUGAGACGAAACGGUUUUGUCGAGAUAAUGCGCGAUAUUUUCUCAUGGCUGGUAAAAACGGUAUAUAAUCUCGAUCAGCAGGUAAGAAGUUAAUUGCAGACCCUGUAUCCUCGACUCUCCGCCUCUCGAUGCGUGCAUCUUCCACGCGCGUGCGUCAGUGCUCGGAGCAGCCAGUCGCGUGAAGCUCUGAUGACAGACAGCAGCAGCCGAUAUCAGCUGAGAUGACCCACCGAGCAGCACAGCGUCUCGAGCGCGUCACGUCCUUCGACCCGGAGCGCGAAUAACCGCGGACGAGCGCGGAUCACAGACUGCAUCCUGCUAUCAGUCAGAGUGAAAGAACCCGGAGAUGUCUCAGAAGAAGAUAUUCCUAGCAUUGAUUGCAAUCAGUACUGUCAGCUUUCUUCUGCACCAUGGGGGUCACUUGAACUUGACAUUGGAGGCAUUCUGGUUUGGCUGUCCAAUCUCUAUGGCCUCCUCCACCCGGGCCAGCAGUGGACCUUCUGCUAAACACACCAGUGUAGCCUUCCUGAAGACGCACAAAACCGCCAGCUCCACUGUGCAGAACAUCCUCUUCCGCUUUGCUGAACGCAACAACCUCACUGUGGCGUUGCCUAUUACCACAUGUGACCACCAGUUCUGCUACCCUCGACCGUUCAGUGCCCACUUCGUUCAUCCACACACCACACCACCUGACAUCAUCACCAGUCACUUACGGUUCAGCCGGACUGAGCUACGACGCCUCAUGCCCAACAGCACAAUCUACAUCACAAUAUUGCGGGAACCGGGAGCAAUGUUUGAGUCUCUGUUUACCUACUUCAAUCAGUACUGUCUUAGCUUUAAACGUGUUCCAAAUGGCUCUUUAGAGACUUUCCUGGACCACCCGUGGAGCUACUAUCGUCCAGAAGAGAAGGAUUCAAUGUAUGCGAGAAAUACACUGACCUUUGACCUAGGCGGAGAUAAAGACCGGCCAUCUUCAGAGGCGCCAGCGUAUGCGAGACGAUUUGCCACAGAGAUGGAGCGAGUGUUCUCCUUGGUUAUGAUCGCGGAAUACUUUGACGAAUCUUUGGUGCUGCUACGCCGCCUGUUGUCUUGGGAUCUCAACGACGUUCUGUAUGUUAGUCUCAACAUGCGCACGCCUGACUCCAAGAGUAGGCUUUCCAGUGAAAAUACAGCCAAAAUCAGAGCCUGGAACGCUAUAGAUUCCAUACUGUAUGAUUACUUCAAUGCCUCAUUGUGGCGACAGCUGAGAGAGUUGGGACUAUCGUGCGUUAAGCGUGAAGUCCAGCUGUUGCGUCAGUUUCGUGAUCGACUCGUCCACAGGUGUUUUGGAGGCCACUUGCCACCACUUCGCUCUGCUGCACAGAUCAUGAAUAAGGAAUUACGGCCUUGGCAGCCCAGUGCAAAAGUGGCAAUCGUUGGAUAUGAUUUACCAGUUAACAUGACACAAAAAGGCCGUGUUCCUCCACCAGAUGAGUGUCUAAAGAUGAUAAUGCCGGAAGUGCAAUACACACGGCUGUUGCUGCGCUCAGAGUCCCUACGUUAUCGAAAGAGGUUUCCAUUACGGAGCUCUCAGCAGACUUCACGAACUGUGGGACAAGCACGGGCACACAAAGAAUCCCGGAGUUUGAAUCCGCGAACCUCAAAGACGAUGUCUCAGAGCACCAAAGGAGCACUACGGCUUUCCCAAUGACCAGUGUAAAAGGAUGGUUAAACUUCUUUCCUUUUAUUCCCCAUUCCUUGCAGCUAAAUGUCCAUAAGAUGUUGGAAUUACUUGAAAGCUUGAGGUCAUACCUCAUUUUUAUUGGAUGUGAGCACAACCAAACAUGCACUCACAACAUAACUGUUCUAAAAGUUAGAGUGUUUCUCAACUUGAAAAGUAUAAAAGUGAAGGAAAAUAUACAUUGAAGUCUAAAAGCCUGACAUCUGGAAUGUGUCUCAAUCUCUCAAGGACUAUCUCUCCACAUACAUUCCAUCACUCACUAUUUGUAUUUAAGCCAUCAUUUCCCUUCUAGAAAAUCCUUAAUCAGCUUAAGUUAGUACCUAGUUUAAAUUGUUUAUAGCUACGUAGCUGAAGCUAAUCUCAUGUCAUUGCUGGUCUAAGCUUGUAUUGAAGGUUGAUCAGCUGUAUUACCUGCUGGUGAUGUUUAAAUGACAAGUUUAGUUAGAACUACCUUGUUAGACUACCAGCUACAAACCAACUUGGUGUGACUUUGUUUUUUUGUUUUUUUUUUCUGGUAAUCACAUAAUGAGCAUUAUGAGGCUUCCUUUUUACCAACGGCACUCUGUUUGAGUGAACUUUUACACAUGCUUAUCAACAUACUGUCAGCUGCACCUGAGCCACAAAUCACCAUAACUGACCAUUCAGUUGUGGUCCAGAAAACCAGCAUCAUGUGUCGAUGAUGAUGCAGCCAUCUCGAAGGACAUUUAAAUAUUUAAUAAUUUAAACUUUAGCCUCUACUUGGGCAGUUCUAGGGUUACACAGCCCUACAUUUUUAUGAGGCCACUAUGGACCAGGCCAGAGAGGUUCAUCCUUGACUAGAAGCCGAGAAUGGUGACAAAACAGUUCAUGUACUUUGAAGAAUCAAAAACCAGAGUGAGCAGUGUGUUAGUCUCAUCUUGAUGUGUUUUUAUUGUGUUUUUUGGGAUAAUGCAGUGCAUUUGCAAAUAUAUAACUUAUGUAGGGUAAUUGAAUUAUAUCAGCUCCACAUUGUAGAGACUUACUCUACACAGUAAAUGCAAACUAUUCUAGCUGUGCACAAAUCAUUUUAACAAUGCCUGAUUGCAUACUUGUGUAGGGUGUCUAACUUUUCUUUAUUGGAGCUUCACUUAACAAAGGCAUUGUAAUGUAGAUGUACUGGGUGGUGAACAAACAAACAGGGGCCACCCUGAUGAAGAGUAAUGCCAGUUGAAUGUAAGAACAUUGCUCCAAUCUGAAUAUUGUGUCUUUACAAUUAAACCGCGACACUACAUUUAUUUAUUUUAACCUAGUGGUUCUCAGCUGGUUUGCAUUUGCAAAACAGAAGUGGCUUUGAAAUCAAUUUAAGCCAGUGUUUCCCAUCCCUGUUCCUGAAGGCACCCCAAUACUACACAUUUGUAACUCUUCCUAAACAAACACACCAUAAUUAACUCUUCAAUAGUGACUCAGAGACCUGAAAUUAUUGAUUAGAUUAGAGAGACCUCUAAAAUGUGUACUGCUGAGGUGCCUCCACUAACAUAGUUGGGAAACACUUAUUUAGGGCACCAAAAGAAACCGAAUAUCUCUGAAAGAACAGCCACUCAAAGUACAUCGUUUCUAACGUUGGUUUCUUUGCUGUUCAAAGAAAGAGAAAUUUAUUCUUGGACAGGAUGAAAGUGGAUUUGCUGUUUUCACUUGAACUUUCCCGCAAUAAGAAUUCCCUUUGUACUAUAGUGAGGUUUUCUUUUUGAAAAUCAUAAUUCUCAUCCUUCAUUUGGAAACAUCUUAGGUAUUUAUUCAGACAUACUGUAUUUUAGAGAAUAACAUUUGGACCAACAUAGCAAUAUGUGCCAUAACACAAUUAUUAGUCAAAUUAAUUUAUGUAGAUUAAAGCAUCAUGAGCGCCAUGAAAAAUGAACCACCCAUAAACCAAACUACUGUUUUUAGGAGUGCUAGAUGAUACCUACAGAUAUACUGUUAAGUGUUUGUUGGGAACAUAUGGUCUGGAUCUAUGAAUCCCAAAUUAUUACAUUCUCAUCCAAAAUCUUUGUGUAUAAAAAUUAGAAAUACCUCAGAUAACACAAUUAAAACUCUGCAUGUGUGUGUGAGAAAAAGCGACGGCGAGUCAUGCGCCUCAUAGUUUACGGUACGUCAAAUACAGGCGCGUUGCACAUCCAUUCAUAUGAACUGAAAAAUAUCACAGAUCGCUUAACGGAGAGAGAAACUCUGAAACACUUAGUCAGAGAGUGUUUGGCGAGUUAAAAUAUAUCUGUGCUAAACUUUCCCUUAGCUUCCAACUCACACACUAGCGAGUAAAAUCUGAGAAUUUAUUAGCCAUUGGCUAUUAGACAUCAUUUAGUUGCCCAGGUAAAGAUUUACUUGCAAUGUAGAGGGUUGUUUGGGCUAGAAAACCUCUUGGUAGAAAAUGCUGGAGACAAUUCAGUGUUUUUUGUCAUCUCUGAUCUAUUGUAAGAGAAGAAUUAGAAGUAAAGCAUGGAGUGAUUUGCCAUAAUUUACUGUAUAAAAAGAAUCUGCUGUGCAACCAGAUGACCUUGUCAUAAAGAGAGAGAUUUUCAUGCUUUUUGUGCUGGAUGAUUUGAUGACAAUAGAUGUUAUUCCAUCAAAUUCAUUCUUCCAUACACUAUUUAUUUAACUGCUGCAUUCAAUUACUUUUUAGGGGCUUUGAAUAAGAUGCUUCUGACAAUCAGAGAUUGGGUUCUGAAGCUGUGUAAUGAGAGAUGUGAAAACAUUGAGCAUUAAAGCUGGAAAAACAACAUA